UGGUUCGGUUUUCCAUACUGAUUUCAGAACACGAAUGUAUAUAUAUUUCUUAUACGAGACUGGUUUAAUAAAUCCGUGGAGUAAUAUCUAGCUCUAACAAUGCCACACGACAUGAGGCGAGUUUUACUCGAGGUGUGUUUAGCUAAUGCUACACAAAUACGUCGUUUUUGUAGUGUUGAUCAGGAAGCAGCACACAUUCACGGAUUCGGUGCUCUAUGGCCAAUUAUAUCCCAGUCAUAUUCGGACGAACCCCGUUCAGAAAGCCCUGCUGGCUGUGGGGUCAGGAGUCGCUGCUCUGCAGAAUCCCUAUAGACAUGACAUGGUUGCCGUGCUGGGGGAGACUACAGGGCACCUUGCCUUGUUAAAACUAAAGCACAGAAUGAGCAAUGACCCUGAAGGUUACACCGUUCUCACAGAGCGUCCGAGGAUACGCCUGUCCACGCUGGACCUUUCCCAGAUGUCAACACUUCCGGAAGGCUCCUUAGGGAGGGAAUAUCUGCGUUUUCUGGAAGACAAUAAAGUGACACCAGACACACGUGCAGACGUUAAAUUCGUUGACGACGAAGAGCUAGCGUAUGUCAUGCAGCGCUAUAGAGAAGUGCAUGAUUUAAUACAUACAAUACUAGGAAUGCCUACUAAUAUGCUUGGAGAAGUUGCUGUUAAAUGGUUUGAGGCUGCUCAGACAGGUCUGCCCAUGUGCAUUAUGGGAGCGGUCCUUGGUCCACUCCGGCUAUCAAAGAGACGUAUGCAGAAGCUGGCGAUGUCUCUCGGGCCGUGGGCUUUGCGGAGCGGCAGUCGCGCACGCUGCAUUUUGAGUAUUUUCUACGAGCGCCGCUGGGACCAGAACCUGGAGGAGCUCCGAGAAGAGCUGAACAUCGAGCCUCCACCUCUCAUCGUGCCUACAAAGAGCAAGCCUGAGAAUCCUUGCAGACUUUCAUACUUGCCCUUUUAAUGGCGGAAAGAUUACUGUCUGAAGAGAGGAUAUCCGUGUAGCAACUUGAAUGUGUGAACUUUGUAAUUAUAUUAUCUAACUAUCUAACUUUUGAUGAUCAUUCAUUCUGAGAAGUGGGAUUAAAGUUAUUGGAUUAAAUCUUGGGUCUAAUAAUGCAACAAUUUUGUGUACAAAAGGGGACAAAAUAUUCUAAUGUUGUCCUUUCACAGACCUUUCAGGUGCAAGAGGGAAAAUGAGAACCUGUGGUUGGCUAAGCAGCAUAUUUGUGUCAUAGCCUGUAAAUAGGGUCUGUGGCUGUGUGAUGGAUUCCACAUACUGUAUUGCCUCAUUGUUGGAAAGUUGGAUAAAAGUCCAUAAGAGCAGUUUUAUCUUGAGAUUUUUCAAUAUGUAGAUUUACAGUUGUGUCAUAUAUUUACACAUUUCCUGUUGAUACACACCAUGUGUACUCUUCUGUGUGGAAUGUUCUAGGCAUUUCCUGCUUCCAUGUAUAAUUAUACAGUCAUGCUUUCACAUGAUCAACAGUCACGCUCAGAAAAUGUUGACUAUCCUUGUGAACUAGUUUUCUCAAGACACAUGUUGAAAUACUUGAAUAAAACACAGUCAAUAGAGAUUUUAUUUUGCAGGGACAAACAACCAUUUAAUCAUGGUGGAGUCAGCAGUAUUGUCAACUAUGCAUCAGGUCCUAGAUUGACAACGUGGGACAAACGUGACAAAAUUUAUAAUCAAUUGUUCUUGGAUAUUUUCGUAGAAUUUUACAGAGUAUUUUUGGACAAUAAAUACAAUUUAAAUGCUUA